UGAUUAACAUUGAGUGAUUAACACAGCCGGUUUUUGAUCAAAAUAAGAACCGAAACCAAAGCAAUCCGCUUUAAAUAUGUCUGAAGUUCAAUGCGCCAACAAUUAGAACCGGUCGCAGCGCUUUGCCACCGUUCAUUAUCGCCCAAAAGUCACACCGAAACCCCCAGAUGGUGUGUCACAAAGUCAAGCUCAUUUGGCGAUAAUAACACAGAUACAGGAGGAAUUGUAGCAACAGUUCAAUUCAAAUCGCGCUAUUAUUUCUGGUGCCAAUUGAGCGCGCGUGCCUGGAGAGUAAGCGAAGGAAGUUGCCCGGCAGGUUUCGCUUCCGCUGCUGCUGCGGCCAGACGCUCCCAAGCGGUCUGAUCCGAACCGCCAAAGUGCAGUACGCGUUUGGCUGCGAGCACGAAAGGAGUAGAGACACCACCACAACAUGAACCAGUCCACAAAGCUGCUGCUGGCGAUGCUGCUGCUGCUCCCAUUUGCGGCAGGGGCCACACCUGCCAUCAGUCCGCUGUCGCAGCGUGGCAUCAUCUUUCCCAAGGAGUCCUUUGACGACUGCUUUCUGGAUGAUGCCAAGCAACUGGCUGGCACCUGCAAGCUAAUGCAGGACUGUCCACCGGCACUGAAGCGUUGGCUGGACAAGCGCGAGUCGCCCAAGACUUGCUAUUUUGUUAAAUUCGAUCACUACAUUUGCUGUGAGCCGGAUAAACAGCCACUGAUAGACACCACCACAACCACAACAACAACAGAGCGACCCCCACUGCCGCCUCUGCCUCCAUUCAAGAAGCGCCCCAGCGUUCUGGCGUGCUACGACUACAACGAUGUGAAGCAGCUCAACGAACGCGACAUUACGUUCGUGGUGUCGGUGGUGGGGGGAAAACCGACAGCCUACCGGGAGUACCCCUUCAUGGCGGCCCUUGGCUGGCGUUCCAAUUUCGAUGAGCGGAUCUACUAUCGCUGCGGCGGUGCCCUGAUCGCACCCACAUUUGUGCUCACGGCAGCUCAUUGCAUUGACUUUGGCGGCGCUCAGCCCAGUCAGGUGCGUUUGGGUGGCGAUAAUCUCACGCUGGCCACGGGCGAGGAUUUCAACAUUAAGCGCGUUGUGAUACAUCCGGAGUACGAUGCCAGCUCGGCGUACAAUGACAUUGCCCUGCUGGAGUUGCAGCUGAAUGACCAGUUGCAGGCGCCUUCACUGCGUCCCACUUGCUUGUGGGACCAGCAUGAGCUGGCCGACACAGAGCUGAUGGCCAUUGGCUAUGGCCAGACGCGCUUUGCGGGCCUCUCCUCGUCCCAGCUGCUGAAGGCGCCCCUGCAGCAUGUGCGCAACGAGCAGUGCCAGAUCCACUAUCCAGCCGAGACACUCUCGCUGGGCGUGGUGCCCACGCAGCUGUGUGCAGGCGAUGCCACUCGCCAGCGUGAUACGUGCCAGGGUGACUCCGGUGGCCCACUGAUCAUGCAGAACGGACCCUUCGGCUAUGUGGUGGGCAUCACAUCGCUGGGCCAGGGCUGUGCCAGCGGUCCACCCUCGGUGUAUACCCGUGUCUCCAGCUACGUGUCCUGGAUCGAGGGCAUUGUGUGGCCCGGUGGCUACAAGGAGCAGAUACCACUGCCGCCUGCGCCCGAAUUCGAUCUGAGAGGAACGGUCUGAAUGCCACCAGCCUUGUCAAUCAAUUAUUUAUAUAUUAUUUCAUAAUUUAAGCACAAUUAA